AGCUUCUUUUGUAUCCGGAUUUUUAAAGUUUUUGGUCAUCUGCCCAAGCAUCACAUCGUUAAAUUGAAGGGCAGACUUCAAUUAGAAAACGAAUAACAGUUUUUGUGAUAAUUUAAUCCGAGUGGUAAAAUAAAAUAACAUCUGCAUGUGUUAACAAUACAAUCUUUUCAGUAUUGCCUGUAGACAAAAUCAACCUAUAUACCAUCUAUAAAAUCUACAAGUGAAAGACUGCAUGAAACCAAAGAAAUAAUAAUCUUGUUCUCGUAGUCGAACUGAACCUAACCUCAUAAAAUGGGAGGCACUUCGGAACGACGCAGUCCGAACACGUUACCAGCGCCCGCUGCACACCAACGAAGAUGCCGACAUCCAACUCCGCCGAGGGAUCCGAAUACCAUGCGAGGAUCCGGACGCCCAGAGAUAACUCACGAAAACAUGAGCAUCAUAGGAAAGCUGCUGACUCGAUUUCUACCGAACUCCAAAUUCGUUGAAAACAAAAAAAAUUUCUUCUUUGAAAGAUUCGACUCUUUAUUAUCAAGAUUAUUCUUCAAACUGGGCGAAGCAAUUGCAGAUCAUACCGGCUAUUUUAUUAUGGUUCCUCUUUUCAUCACUAUAAUAUUCGCGACUGCCUAUCAGAGAAUAAGUUGGACAGACGAUCCCGAAUACCUCUUCUCUCCUAGCAAUGGACGAGCCCGGCAAGAAAGAGCCGUACUUGAUAAAUACUUCCCAACAAAUACCUCGAAGAUGUUUGACGCAGCUCGGUUGAUUCGCAACGGUCGCUACGUUCAUUUUGGUGUCAUGGCAAAAGACGAAACGAAUUUGAUCGACGAAGAACUUUGGAGUGAACUGAAAGCAAUUGACCAUUAUGCGUUAAACUUCGAAUUCCAGGACGAAGCCGGAAAUACAUACACGUAUGAAGACGUGUGCGCAAGAAUUGCGGGGAAGUGCGUGGGCAAUAACUUUCUCGAGUUAGGAGUUCAUAUUCCUGAAAUGAAACAAGGCAAAUUCAAAUUCCCAUUCCCUGUAAUGCUGAACCCUUCUAGUUUCGCUAACUACGUCUUCCCCAGUUUCAUGGCAGGCAUCGAACUUCACCCUGACAACACCAUUAAGAUAGCUAGGGCUGUAAAGCUUCAUUACUGGGGAACUUCAUCAACUAAGGAAAUGGAUCAACUGUCCAAUUUAUGGGAGAAGGCGUUUCUCAAGAAAUACUUGGCCGGAGAACUUAACGCGAUAGCUCCAAAUUUAGAAAUUUCCAUUCACAAUUCAAGAACCGCGGAGCUUGAAUUCCAAGAAAAUACGCGUUCAGUGUUGCCAUAUUUCCUCGGAACCUUCUUCGUGAUGGUGACAUUCUGCCUAGCGACCGUCAGCAUGGGGGAUUGUGUUAGAAGCAAAACACUCCUCGGUUUAGCGGGCAUCAUCAGUGCUGCUUUGGCCACUUCCACGGCCUUCGGAGUGCUCAUCUACUACGGCGUGACCUUCAUUGGCAUUAACUUGGCUGCACCCUUCCUUAUGCUAGGUAUCGGGAUUGACGACACGUUCGUGAUGCUGGCAGCGUGGCAGCGAGCGAGGUUCCAAGACACGGUGCGAGAACGUCUCUCCAGCGCCUAUGCUGACGCUGCGGUGUCCAUAACCAUCACCUCCCUCACCAACAUGAUCUCCUUCUAUGUCGGCACCUUGACACCCUUCGCUUCUGUGCAAAUCUUCUGCAUGUACACUGGUUUGUCGGUGUUUUUGACGUACAUCUGGCACAUCACGCUCUUCGGCGCAUGUCUAGCACUCUGUGGCAAGAUGGAAAAGAAACAAAUGCACAACAUCACCUGCAGGAAAGUCAAGCCCGUGUCGGAGUCAAAGGAAGAACCGUACCUGUACCGUGCUUGUUGCUCUGGAGGAGUGUCCGUUGAUGAUCCCUACAACCCCGAGGACAACCAGCCCCACGCCAUCAUGAUCAUCUUCCGGGACUAUGUAGCAGAGUUCAUCAACAUGCCUGUUGUCAAAGGUUUAAUUAUGGCCUGCUUCGUGAUCUACUUCGGCUUUGCGAUUUACGGCUGCACGAUCAUUCAAGAAGGUAUGGAGACCCGCAAGCUCGCCCGUUACGACUCCUACACAGUUCCGUUCUACAACUUCGUCGAGAAAUACUUCAGCACCUUCGCCUACAGACCCAUGAUCGUUUUCACAGGAAACAUCACUUACAGUGAUCCGGCCACAGAAAAAUUAAUCUUGGAUUUCGUGGAGAGAGUCGAAAGUCACGAGUCUAUCGGCGACCCGCUGUACACGGAAUGUUGGUUGCGGCAGUGGAAGAGAUACAUGGAAAAAAAUGGACAGUACCUCGGACUCAAUAACAGUGAUGAAAAGACCUAUAUUCACAACCUACAAGAGUUAGUUUUAUUUAUGUUAAUGUUUAUUUUGCAGUUGACUUUGGUUCGGUCGACCAGCCUCACGGCCAUAUCGCUGGCCGCCAUAGUGAUGAUGGUGAUCUCCUUCAUUUUCAUCCCCAACCCUGUCUGCUCAUUGUGGGUUGGCUUCUCAAUCGUGUCCAUUGAAACCGGAGUCAUUGGCUACAUGUCGCACUGGGGAGUUAAUUUAGACCCUAUCUCUAUGAUCCAGUUGAUUAUGUGUAUUGGAUUUAGCGUGGACUUCACUGCGCAUAUUUGUUACGCAUAUCUGUCAGCCCGAGUCGAUACCCCCGAAGAAAGAGUGAGGGAGUGUCUGUACUCUCUUGGGCUUCCCGUAAUGCAAGGAGCUUUGUCAACCUUACUCGGGGUGCUGACUCUAGUCAUGGUUCCUUCCUACAUCUUCAUCACUUUCUUCAAGACAGUCUUCCUUGUUAUUUUCCUGGGAGCUUUGCACGGACUCUUCCUAAUUCCGGUAUUUCUUUCUUUAUUCGGGCCGGGAUCAUGCUCAAAACGGGUAAAAAACACCGAUGAAUCGACUGAAAGCUACGACAUGGCUAAAGUUACCACAAAUGGUAACAAUCAAAACGGGGUUGCGCAUCGCCGUUCAACGAAGCUUAAUGAACCGCAAAUUCCACCUCAUCUCCAAUUCGAUGACGAGAAGCAGAUCUAUCCUCAAAAUUCUGCUUCAACACAAAGAUCGUCAACGAACGAUAACGGUCGGAAAAGAGACACUCCAAAAAAUGCAAAUGGUCGGAUAACUUCACCCAAUACACUCGAAGAAAUCAAUCUUGGCGCAAGCAACAAUCCUAGCUAUAAUAACGACGAGCAAGAAGAACAAUCAGAUGGCUGGGACAGUCACAGACGGUCUAAGAAUCAACUACCGACAUCGUCUCGAAUGUAGCUGAUAAUGCAGUGAGCAUACUUUUAGCGCCAUAUAACUCGUAUUAGUAAUUAUGUAAAUAAUUUUUAAAGUGAGAGUGCUAAUAACAAAUGUACGAGAAAUUUUGCGUGUUUUGUUUAGACAACCACAGUCUCGUCUAAGUCAACGACCUCUAAACGGCGAAACUUGUAAGAAGAAUUACAGAUUUAUGGAUUCUGCAUGCUUACGUUUUCAAAUGUUCACAAUGUAGUACAGAAUCCUAUCUUAUUUAGUUAUAUGUUUAAAUUUUAAUAAAUAUGAAUCGUAGAUUUUUCAAUUAUUUAGCCACUUUCUAAGGUCUAUGUCUAAUUUGUACAUUUUCUUGGACUCGAGUAUUUAACGGUUUGGCGAUUAUGGUGAAGUUUUAAUUACUUUUGAAGUUAAAUCGUUAUUUUAAUUGAAGCAAGACAGCUUCUUCUCUUCUGUUAUUUUAUACAUGAUAUUUUAUCGAAAUGCAAUGAGAGAAAAGCGAAAUUUUUUAAUCGAAUUCCAAUUGCUAUUGUAAUUCGUCCCAUGCAAUGUAAGGUUUGUGAGACGCUGCCGGCUCAGUUCAGUAUAUGUUCAAUCCUAAAAUGCCUUGCACCUUACGGACCAGGCAAUAAGUCCAGCAGCUAUCUCAAUCAAUUGUCAGUUAUGGAAAGAUCGGUUUCUAGUAUAAAACUUUAUGUGAAGUAACCUAUUGAUAAAUUAAGUAAUCACGAUGUUUUGUGUGUUUUGGGACCGAUGAGUAAAGAUUUUUGUACUACUCAUUUGGAAUUCGCCGAAUUCACGAAGGAGAUCCAUGAAAAGUCGUUUAUGGUCGUUUAUGCAACGAUCUGGUUUUCAUUAUUUAAUCGUAGGUCUUAGUCGAUAUCCUAUCAUACGUUAUAAAAUUAUUACUUGAUUUCAUGAGCAAUAUUUCACCUAGUACAUAUCAAUA